GCAGCAUGCGCUUAGUUGUAAACUUGAUUCUUCGAAUGCCGCUGGUUUUGAAACGAGCUUCUAUGAAUGAUAGGUGGUGAGAACAGAAGAUGGCAGACCCUAACAGCACCAUCAUAAACCCCAGCAUUAACCAGAAAGAUCCAAAGGAAGCAUUGGUUAUUGCUGUGACAACCAGGGCCAUUUUCAAUUUGGAGAGAGAGCAUGAAAUCUUCUUGACAAAGGGCAAAGAGGAAUAUGUGAAACAUCAGCAAGAAAAUGAGAAUAGCCCCUUGGAGCAGGGAACAGCUUUCCCUUUCAUUCAGGCAGUGCAGUUUGUGAACAAGAAACUCCUUGAAAGAAACCCAGAAGAAAAGGGACUCUUUGAUGUCAUUGUUCUCUCCAAUAAUAGUCCGGAGACUGGUGUGCGAAUAAUGAACAGUGUGAAACAAUAUGGUUUGGAAAUCUCCAAGUUUUGCUUUGUCAGUGAUGAAGAUUCUACCCAAUAUUUGAAAACCCACAAUGUGAAACUUUUUCUCUCAGCUGACCCAAAAGAUGUGUGCAAUGCACUUCAGAGAGGAGUCUCAGCAGCCCUCAUCUUUCAGCAGGAGAUACAGGCUCCUAGAACUCAAUUACGAGUUGUCUUUGAUGGUGAUGCUGUACUCUUUUCGGAUGAGACUGAUCGUGUCUUUCAUGAGAAAGGUCUUGAGGAAGCAGUGGAAUAUGAGAAAAUUAUGGAAAGUGUACCCAUGGGAGAGGGCCCCCUGAAAACCUUUGCUUUGCAUCUUGGGAAGAUGCGUAAAAAGUUUGCUCAGGAGGAUUCUCCCAUCCGCAUCUAUUUGGUGACUGCCCGCAGUGGCCGUGAUAUGGGCACCCGGGCCAUCAAAACCCUUCGGGAAUGGGGACUGCCGACUGAUGAAGCCUUCUUCAUGGCUGGAGCUCCAAAAGGUCCUAUCCUCUCCAAGAUCCAGCCCCACAUCUUUUUUGAUGAUAAUUUUCACAAUAUCCAAGGUGCUCAAGAUGUUGGCAUACCCUCUGCAUUGGUUCCUUAUGGCUGCCAGAAAGGAUCAUAGGAUCACAGUGUUCUGUCAGUUAACCAUACCAAUAUUUCUAAGUAAAGGAUGCAAACUUUUAAAUGUACAGAGAGAGCAGUGUUUAGAAUAAAUUACAUUUAUAAAAAAAUAGGAAGUGACUUUACCUGAUGAGGGUAAAGAUCGUAUUGAAACAAAGGGGGAAAUCAAUGCUUAUAACAUGUAGCAAAUUGGUUCCCUUCUUUGCCUGUGCAAUCAUUUUUUUUCAAUUGAUGACAUUUGGAGAGUCUGUGUUAUUACAUGUAGGUUUUCAGAAAUCCAUCAAGCAAUGGUGUCCAAAAUGUCUGUCUGCCUUAUGCAGAGUUUAUUUGGCUUUUGUACAGUUUCAACCAGCAGAAUAGAGCACAGAAAGCAACAGUAUUGUUUUUGGUUUACUCCCUCCUUUUUCCCUUGUGAAUCCAGAAGGCUAUCCCAGCCAAGGUUGAAUCUCACAUAACUCCCUGAUACGGCCUGUCUCUGCUCGGUGAGAUCAUGGGCUAAAAGAUAAGUGGCUAUUUGAGAUCAUGGCUGUAAUGCGCAUGUCUGUAUGUAACCUUUCCCGCAUCUGGUUCUGCUAAUUAGGUGAGCUUGUAGGUAUCCGAGAUAACCAGCUACUGAGAUCACAGUAGCUUACUACGCAUGUCUUUACGUAGCCUUACCUCUAUUCCUGCAAUCACAACAAGAGAUCAAUCCAAACAAAACAUUCUGGACUUCUCUAUUGUUCUGUAACAAAGAGAAAAGCUAUUUGCAUAGGACAGACUUUGCUUUCCAAGUAUAAUUACUAUAACCAUAAGAAUUCCAUUCAAGCCUGUCCAUGAAAAAUUAACUUUUCUCGCUAACAAAUUCCCACAUGGUUGCUCCUGGUGACACCAAUUUGCUGCGGAUCAUAUAAAGAAUCGUCUUUUCUCAUUUUAGGGUGUUUUAAUCCUUUCAUGCUGUUUGAAUUGGAUCUAUCUGCCCCUUUUCCUGGAUUCUGUAGUUUUCCAGCUCCCUUCUUUCUAUCAGUUUCCGGACUGAGUUACUGGAUUAUGGCAGCAAAUUGCUGGUUUGGCAGAAAAACGGGAAUAUUUAAAUCUUGGCUUGGGUUUAGUUUAUCAGAAACCAACAUCCAUCUGCAACACCCUAAAGAACUCCCCCCAACCCCUAGAGAUCCAUGUCCAUCACGUUGGUGACAUAAUUUUAUUUUGUGAUCCUUGACCACCAUUUCCCUUAACCCAAAGUAAUAGCAAUAGCAAUAGCAGUUAG